AUGCUAAGUGUUUCAGUCAGGAAUAGUUUGAGGCACAGUUCUCUACGGGUUUUAAAAACCUGUAGCAAGUACAAUCCAGUGCGUAUUCCAACUUGUCAUUAUCAUUUACUAUCAGGAACCAAAAUCGCGAAAUCCAUAAGAGAGGAAGCGUUCAAAGAGAUCAAACAGAUUCAAAUCAAGUCUCCAAGUUUUGAACCAUGUUUAAAAAUUAUCCAAGUUGGUACACGUCCUGACUCUACCGCAUACGUGCGUAUGAAGUUAAAGGCAUCUGAAGAAUCUGGUGUGAAAUGUAUUGUUGAAAAGCUGCCAGAGGACAUCGAUGAGCUUGCAUUGUUACAGAAGAUCCAGCAGGUUAAUGACGAUGAUUCUAUUCAUGGGUUAUUGAUCCAAUUACCUUUGCCUCGUCAUUUAAAUGAGGCUGAAGUGACAAACGCUGUUUCGUACCAAAAGGAUGUCGACGGAUUCCAUCGUUUCAAUGUUGGUGAAUUAUCAAAGAGAGGUGGUAAGCCAUACUUCAUUCCAUGUACCCCUAACGGUUGUAUCCGAUUGUUGAAAGAAUCUGGUAUUGAUUUGAGAGGGAAGCGCGCUGUUGUUAUUGGAAGAUCUGACAUUGUGGGAACUCCCGUUGCAUCAUUGUUAAAGGAUUUAAAUGCAACAGUCACAAUUUGCCAUAGAUACACUGAGAACAUUGCCGAUGUUGUAAAAAAUGCCGAUGUAGUCAUAGCUGCUUGUGGUGUGCCAAACAUGGUCAAACCAAACUGGUUAAAGCAAGAUGCUAUCGUCAUUGAUGUCGGUAUUAACUAUGUCCCAGACGCAUCCAAAAAAUCCGGUAGGAAGUUGGUCGGUGACGUCGACUUUGAGUUGUGUAAAGACAAGGCUUCUUACAUUACACCUGUACCAGGUGGAGUUGGUCCAAUGACAGUUGCGAUGUUGGUUCAAAACGUUCUUUUGGCUGCCAAGAGGCAAAGAGAGGAAUCCACUAGAAUGCCACAUAUUAAACCAUUGCCUCUCAAGAUUGAAGCAAAAGUGCCAUCUGACAUUGAAAUCUCAAGAAAGCAAAAGCCGAAAUACAUUGAAGCAGUUGCCAAUGAACUUGGUGUACAUCCAAGUGAACUAGAACUAUAUGGUCAUUAUAAGGCGAAAGUUUCUCCCAAAAUUGCGAAUAGAUUGGCAGAUAACGAGAACGGUAAGUACGUUCUUGUUGCCGGUAUUACUCCAACUCCUUUGGGUGAAGGUAAAUCGACAACCACAAUAGGUUUGGUACAAGCUUUAAGUGCUCAUUUACACAAACCUUCCAUCGCCAACGUCAGACAGCCAUCAAUGGGUCCUACUUUCGGUGUGAAAGGUGGUGCUGCAGGUGGUGGGUAUGCUCAGGUUAUCCCAAUGGAUGAGUUCAACAUGCAUUUAACUGGUGAUAUUCAUGCAAUCGGUGCUGCUAAUAACUUACUAGCAGCAGCCAUAGAUACAAGGAUGUUCCAUGAGGCUACUCAAAAGAAGCACGAAACGUUUUACAAGAGAUUGGUCCCUGUUAAGAAGGGUGUCAGAUCAUUUACACCAUCUAUGUUGACAAGGUUGAACAAAUUAGGAAUUAACAAAACUAAUCCUGAUGAUUUAAAUACCGAGGAAAUUAUCAAAUUCGCACGUCUAAACAUUGACCCAGACACUAUUACUAUCAAGAGGGUGGUUGACGUCAACGAUAGAAUGUUACGUCAAAUCACAAUUGGUCAAGCGCCAACUGAAAAGGGUUUCACAAGGCAAACAGGAUUUGACAUCACUGUCGCAUCAGAGUUGAUGGCAAUUUUAGCGUUGUCUAAGGACUUGAAAGAUUUGAGAGAGCGUGUCGGACGUAUCGUAAUUGGCUCUAACUACGAAAAAGAACCUAUAACUGUUAACGACAUUGGAUGUGCAGGUGCCAUUGCUGCACUUCUAAAGGAUGCCGUAAAGCCUAACCUGAUGCAAACGCUUGAAGGGACACCAGUUUUGGUUCAUGCUGGUCCAUUUGCAAACAUCUCUAUUGGCGCUUCAUCAGUUAUUGCUGACAGAGUUGCUUUGAAACUUGUAGGUAAGCCAAAAGAAGCUGACGAGAGUGCAGAAUCUGGAUAUGUUGUCACUGAAGCUGGUUUCGACUUCACUAUGGGAGGAGAAAGAUUUUUCAACAUCAAGUGCAGAGCUUCUGGUCUAACUCCAAAUGCAGUUGUGCUUGUUGCCACAGUCAGAGCAUUGAAAUUGCAUGGUGGUGCCCCAGAUGUUAAACCUGGUCAAUCUCUGCCUGAAGAAUAUCUAAAGGAGAAUGUGGACUUAGUGAGAAAUGGUACUGCUAACAUGUGCAAACAAAUUGAAAACAUUAAACAAUUCGGUGUCCCUGUUGUGGUUGCUAUCAAUAAGUUCGAAUCAGAUACUGAAGCAGAAAUCGAUGCUAUAAAGGAAGCUGCUCAAAGAGUUGGUGCCUUUGAUGUCGUUUCAACAAAUCACUGGGCAGAAGGUGGUAAAGGUGCCAUUAAAUUGGCAGAAGCUGUCAUCGAGGCCUCCAAGCAACCUUCCGAAUUCAAGUUCUUAUAUGAUGUCAACGAUACAGUCGAAAACAAACUUUCCACCAUCGUACAAAAGAUGUAUGGUGGUGCUAACAUCGAAAUUUCUGAAGAAGCUCAGAAGAAAAUUGACAUGUACCGUCAACAAGGAUUCGGAGACCUACCUAUCUGUAUUGCCAAGACCCAAUAUUCCUUGUCUCAUGAUGCCAAGUUGAAGAAUGUUCCAACCGGGUUCACCUUCCCAAUUAGAGACGUGAGAGCAUCCAUCGGAGCCGGUUAUCUAUAUGCUCUAGCAGCUGAAAUCCAAACUAUUCCUGGCCUUUCAACACACGCUGGAUAUAUGAACGUUGAAAUUGAUGAAGAUGGUGAAAUUGAAGGUUUAUUCUGA